AUGCUUAAACUAAAUUAACAGAUACUUAUAAGAAGUACCCAUGCCAAUUGUAACUCGACUUUUUAAUAAUUAAUUCAUCAGGACUCCUCUUAAAAAUUUCAGAUAACAUAAAAUAAUAGAAAAAAAUCAUCUGAACAUAUCAUAUAGAAAUAAAACCUUAAAGCUCAAAAUUAGUUCCAGGAAAGAAAGAAACAGAAUUCAAUUCCAGAUAUUUUAUACGUCUAAAACAGCUUUAUAAAAUGUCACACUCAAACUUAUAAUGAACCAGAUAAUAAGGAUUACGAAAUCUAAUCCAAAAAACUAAAGACAUAUCAGAAUUUGGAUAUCUCUCCAAAAAGAAUAAGUCAAGAUGCUUCACCUUUAUAAAACAUUCUCAUUAAUAGAAAAAGAACUUGUGUGAGUGAAAAUAAAAAAGGAUUAUUCAAAGAGAAUGAAUUACAAAAAAAACCGAGAUAAAAGGUUCCUAAUCAUUUACAGAUAUUUAAUCAGGAUUUUGAUUAACCAUCAAAUAGAAUUACUUUUUAAGCCUCUAGCUAUAUUGAUGAUGAAAAAUUGAUUCUCAAAUCAAUUGAAACUCCAGGCACAGCUUAGUUUAUGUAAUCAAAUAAGGAUGAUAAUUUUGUAUAUCUGAAUGAGAAUGUGUAUUAAAAUACUGAAAAUUAUGCAGAUUAGUAAAUUUAUUAACGUAAGCUAUCUUGUUAAGAGGAAACUUUUAUGCCUGUUUAAAAAACUGUUCAGACCAAAAAGCCUUACUUCUAAUCUAAGAAAGGGAAUUAAGAUCAUUAAAGUAAGCUAGAGUGUAGAAAAAUUAUGACUAUUUUAGAUACAUAAUAGGAUCGAAUCUUUGAAUCAAUUGGACUGAACUCUAGUGAAAUUCGCUAUUCUCCAAGAAGUGAUGGAUUGAAUAAGACUCUAAAGUGUGAUGAACAAACCAAGAAAAACGACGAAUUCAUCUAAUACAAAUAGAUUUAAUCUAAAAAGAAUGUUAUUAAAGAUGAAAAUCAACCAUAUUGGAAAUUAAGAGAAGUGAGUCAUUCCAAAAAGAAAGGAUGA